AUGUCAAAGUACUUGCAAAUUAGGCAAUUCAUUGCACAGGACCGUUUUGCUCUUAAAAGCUACUUUCUGACUCGAAAAACCCGAGUCCUUCAUAGAAUGGCUAGACAAGUCGCUAACCUUGGACGUCGAGGCAAAAGCGACAAGGACUUUGAAGACAUACGAAUUGCAAGGAGAAAGAACAAGACUGGAGAGGUUGAACAGAAAACAAACAAGGCAGAGCGAUUGCCAUUACACAAGCCACGUCCAUACAUUGGGUUUGUCAUUGGAUACGUUGGCUUUACACACAACCAAGGAAUAUCUGGCACGAUCAUGGCACUAAAGAGACUCUUGUAUUCUAAUAUCAGAUACGUUCGCGUUCUAGUUCAACAUAUUUCAGGAAUGCAACUCAUAUGCCAGUCACCCAGUAUUUGGAGAAAAGGAAAGUUGGAAGUUGAACAAAUGUCAAGAAUGUGGAAUGUAUUGGAACAGAAAUAUGAACAUUUGCUCUAUAUUUUUGUACAAGAAUGA